AUGUCCUCAGAUCAAGUACUGUUUCCUGGCCAGCUGCCUCCCAAUGGUGGCUAUCACACCCUGCUGCAUACGCAGAUUUACGACUAUUUCCUCUCCAUGGGCAUGUUCAAUUGUGCACAAUCUCUUCUCGAAUCCGACAGCAACUUACGACACAAGGUCAUGCCUGGCCAGCGCCAGCACGCCGCCACAAUGCCACCUCCUUGUAGUCCAUCCAUACCAGACUCAGGGCUUGGCACUUCAUACUCCUCGCCAGGUCUUGGGGCAGGUUCUGAAGCCCCAGAAAAUAUGUUGAGACCUUGCGAAGAGCCUGCUCUUUUAUACGAAUGGUUCUGUACCUUCUGGGGCAUGUUUGAGACUUGUCAAGAUGCCAUUACGGGCAGUUCGGAGGGUCAGAUGCAAGACUAUACAACACUUCCACUAAACAUUUCUAACGAUUGUUUCCAACCUCAACCAACAUCAUGGCAGGACCCCAUAACCUUUCAGCCGGUAAGCUCGAGUGCUUUGAAUUUUCGAUUGACUCUGGUACUAAUACUCAAUGGAACCCAAAGUAUCAAGACGUAUACAACCCUUCGCCUAGUAGCUCCUACUGCUACCCUUAUAAUGCUACGACAUUAA